AUGGCCAGCACAGUAUCAAUAGACCGUCCAUUUGGAAUCUAUCUUGAUGAUUAUUUUGUAAAAACAUAUAGCUUGCUCACAGGAAAAAAUCCAAAUGAUUUCGCCUUCGUUCCAGGUGUUACACCUCUUUCAACACUAACUGAA